AUGAACUGGCUUAAAUCAACCCUCGCGAGCGUUGCCGGUACGCAAGAACCGGUUUACGGUCCAGAGGCCAUUCAGCCCAUCGCUCAACAGGCGCAAGAAGUCCCUUAUACUGAACUGACCAAGAAUGACUUACGGUGGCGCGCGUACAAUUACACAAAUGUCGAGACUCAGACCUUCUACAUUAUGGCCGACAAUGGCGCCCUAGUCUUUGUUCAGAUCAUCUACAGCAACAUCGUAGGAAUCCACACUACGGCUCAGUUCAACUGCAAAAUCUUCAAUCUCAAGGGGGACGCACCCCACAUUUGGCACUCCGAUCCCCUAUCCAACUUCAUGUUCGACGAGAGCAUGCUUGCCUUUUGGGCCGACAACAUUUCUCUGACCCUUAACGAGGAGGGAGACACCUAUACCUUGAAGUCUGCCGUGAAUGAUGACUGUUUGGUGAAUCUGACGUUUGCCCGCGCCACCCCGGGGUUCGUCAUCGGCAAGGACGGCACCACCUACUUUGGCACGGACCCUGCGAACCCAUGGGGCUCCAUGCGUCAUGCCUUUUGGCCUCGUUGUUCCGUGGAGGGAACAAUCACAGCCAAGGAGCAGAGUUAUGACAUGAAAGGCCGGGGCAUGUUCAUUCAGGGUCUCCAGGGCAUGAAACCCCAUCAUGCUGCUGCGCGAUGGAACUUUGUAAACUUCCAGACUCCCUCGUACACGGCCGUUAUGAUGGAGUAUACCACUCCCCCGUCGUACGCGUCGACUGUGGUCAAUGUCGGUGCCAUUGUCAAGGACGGAGAAAUUAUCUAUGCCGGGAUCAAUAACUCUGCCACACACACGGAGGCAGGCCAGGACCCGGAAAGUGAUUGGCCCGAGCCCAAGUCCAUCAAAUGGGCGUGGGAGGGCAAGACACAGGAUGGUAAGGAUGUUUCCGCUGAACUUGAUGGACCGGUCGGCAAAAGACUGGACCGUAUCGACGUGAUGGCCGAAGUUCCCGGGUUCAUCAAAUCCAUCGCUGGCAGUGUCGCUGGCACACGGCCAUAUAUCUUCCAGUAUUCACCUCAAGAGAAGCUGACUCUUAAGGUCAAAAUCGGCGAUACUGAAUUCGCCGAAGAGGGAACAAUGUUCUCCGAGGCGACAUUCAUCUCCUGA